GCACACAGAUAAAAAGACAGAGGGAAAAACCAUUUCAGUCUGUUCCCAGAAGCAAAGCACAUACUGCAGAAACAUUUUUAGUGCCUUUUUCCUGAUGCUGUCUGUGUGUUUUCAUGUACGAGGCAGGAGGAUGGACUUCACAGCACUCAGCAUGCUGCUGUUGGCCAUGCUGCUAUGCUCAUCCUGCUUCAGUGAGCUGGGAGCCAGGGAUCUAGAGGGAGAGAAAAAAGAAAAGGCAGGGCUCGAGGGCAGAGCUGACAUUCCCGUACCUCUUGAACAUGAGCAUCUCAGCAGAUCUGGACACCUGGAUAUUCAACCGGGGAGAUUUCAGAGCCCUUUGCCCUUUUUGAAAAAGAGUUCACACCAUCCUGCACGCAGAGGAAACUGGUGUUCAUUUGUUCAUCAGCGUUUGGUAAAUGUGGCUGAGCUCAGUGAUCCUGAGAAACAUAUGGUCAAGUCAGUCAACCCCUGUGUCAAUGGUGACCCUGACUGCCAAACACUCAAGUACCAGCUCACCUCACAGCCUACAUACAAACAGAAGCAGAAAACUAUUACUGCACUGCAGUGGAAGUGCUGCCCAGGCCAUGGAGGCAGCGAUUGUCAGGAGACAGUGAGUCUGAUGGAAGAAAGUCAGUCAAGUCAAGAACAUCCAGAAAAACCUCCAACACAUGUUUUACAGACUGAUGACUUUGAAUCUGGCAAUGGGGGAAAUAUUCUACCUUCGUCUUCUCCGCCUUUCAUCGAUUCCAGUAGCCUCUUGGCAUUUCAACAAAUAUUUGCAACAGUAAUGACUAAACUUCAGCCAGUGCUGGACGGCUUUAAUCAUACUUUGGAGAAUUUAUCCAGAGAGGUGGAAGGGCUAUCCCUAGAACUGAAGAGUCUGAGGCAUGAGCAAGAGAGCAUCUCCAAAGCCAGACAUGCCCAUGAUAAAGAAUUUGAGAAAUACAAAGAGGACAGCAGUGAACAGAUGCAAAAGAUAUGGAAAGAAUUGGACUCACAACAGAAAGAGAUCAAACAAACCGUACAAUUGCAACAAGACCAUCUGCUUCAUAACAUGACCAAUUUGAAGAACAAAACUGACCACUAUGUCAACAUGAGUCAUGAGGAAAUGCAGGUGAGCUUACAGUCUAUGAAUAAGUCUGUGGAAGAAAUUCGACUUAAUUAUGAAAGGCUGCAGGAGACAACACAGGGAGGACAUGCUGUCUCGGCUAACGCCAGUGGAAGCCAGACACCACUGGAGACCAGUGUGUGGGAAGCCAUCAGUAGUCUGGACAUGAAGGUGCUGAAUAACACAAUGGAGCUCAGUCCCCUAACUGAAAACACCAAACAUUUGGUUAAUAUUGUCCAGAUGCUGGACCAUGGCUUGAGGAACUUAAGUCAAAACCUGGAGCAUGUCAGCCACAGCACAGAGGUCAAUCUGGCACAGAUCAUGCUUGAAGUGGAUGCAGCUAGAGUGGCUAUGGAGAAAAUCAUUAACGAUCGAACUUCUAGUCUCAGUGCCCAGGAAAGAGAACUGCGAGAGAUUCAGCUUGAUGUGGACAAUAUUUAUCAGCAUCUUCAAAAUAUUGAACAUGCAAGUGAGAUUUGUAACUGUAAAGAAAUCAGCAGUUCAUUGGUUAGGUUGGAAUCAGAGGUGGCUAAUGUUACAAACUUUGCCAAAGAGAACCGAUAUGCACUGGAGGAUGUUGAAGCAAAGAGGGGGCUUAGCCAGUGGGCACCAGAAGUUCAAGAUCUCCAUCAAGGCUUGUGGAACGUAAGAGAAUCAUUAGCAUUUGAGCAAGGCAAGAGAAAGACUCUUGAUGAUAAUAUAGCCCAGUUAAAAUCCUCCCUUCUGGACAGCCAGAAGGAGAUUGUAGGGUUUAAAGACCAAUUUGUUGCUAAGGAAGCUGAAAUCAGACAUCUUUUCGCAGUGUUCACUUCUUUACUCAAGGAUGUCAUCCGCCACUCUGAUGUCCUUGAAGUACUUUUAGGAGAUGAGGUCUUGGAGUUCUCAAGCUGGUCCAACAGCAAGCAGAAGGAGUUUGCUAUUCCUGAACUGCUACAGAAAAUGCGUCUGAUGCAGGAAAAGAUCGAUAGUCAUGAGAACGGCUUGACCUCAUUAAGGAAGAGUAGUACAGAGAAAGCUCAGAUGUUCAACGAUGACCCUGCGGUGUUCACAGAAUGGAGCCUCGCAAAAGGUCAGGGGAGUAAUACUGAAGAUAAUCCAGACACUUUAACAGAUGUUACAAAAAGGGAGGACGAUGAGGACUAUUCAGUUAGUGACUUUUGGAGCCUUGGGAGGGAGGUGGAGCAGCUCGCUAACAGACUAAGCAUGCUGGAACAGCAACCAUGCAACCACACUGCUGCCCCCAGUGGUAGUGUAGCAGAACUGCAGAGAAAUGUUGGAACCCUGCAACAAACUCUGGAGGAUCAUUUGAGAACUUUCCGGAAUUUAUUCAGAUAUACAGAAAAGCUGGCUAGUUCCUCUGAUGGUGUCGACUUGGACCAGUUGCAAACCAUGAUGAGGACAAAGGAGAGGAGGGGAAAGAAAAGACCAAAUGUCAGGAGAAUGGAAGAGGCAAGCAGCAAGCGCAGCAGAAGGAACAUUGGGGAAAAGUAAGACCACGAAUAGUGACUAUAAACACCAACUAUUCUGUUAGAGCAACAUAAAAUCAUGGGGGCACAAAAAAGGAGCUUCUAGACUUUAGAUUUGUCUGUUAAAAUACUGGAUAAACAAUAUAUCAAUUGAAUGCAUCUUAUUGUUGGAAUGAAGUUUUUGACACCACAUUUAGACCGUGGGUGGUUUGAUAACUUUAUUACAUGUAAACACUAGUAAGAGGGCAGGAAAAAGAAGCAGUUGUUUGGGUGGUAAACACUCUUUGAUUAAGUGGUUCAGUGGUUCCUUACCGUGUAAAAGGGUUGUACUAGGAAGCAGUCACUGGUGCAAAGAACCAAGGAGAUGACAACGAAAACAAUGUGUGUUUAGAAACAUGAUGCUUUUAUGACAUAACAUUAAUGCAAAAGUUAUGCAAAACUGUGAAUACUGUAAAUGUGUUUUUUAUAUAAAGUAUAUAUAAAGUUGUUCUAUAUAAAACUACAAAAGAUCACAUUAUCUACUAGUUUAAUGCCAUAAUGGCUUUUAAGCAACUUUUACAAGAACACUAGACUUAGAUGAUGUGAUACUAUAAUAAUAACUGUACAUGAAUGUUACAUUUUUUUGUUUAUUAUGGGUUGGUGCUUUUCAAAAUCCA